AAAAUCAUGAAAUCUGGCAUGAAUUUUUCAAAGAGCCAAACCAACCAACUCGAUGUAAUCGAUGAAGUAGACGAGGGAUUAGUUCCAAGCACAUCAAAUCCUUGCUCCCUGGAAAGAAGACCUGAUAGCAGUUUAGGUCUCAGCAGGAUCCGUUCUGAAUACAGACAUAAAGAUACUACAAAAAUUUGUUUGAACAAAUACCGUUUAAGAUUGAAUUUUAAGAGCCCUUUUCCCAAAAACAAGCCAAUCUUGAAGCCUGAGAUGGCAAGAACUUUUUAUUGAGAGAAAAAAGACGUUCUUGAUAGUCCAGAAAAGUCUGAAGAGCUCUCGAUACACAAAAUUAACCACAAUAAGACUAUUAAUUGUAUAAAUUAUGAAUCUGAUAACAAAAUCAAAGUCAAUGUCAGAAAUUCAAAAUCUAAAAAGAAAAUUUCAAAAGAUUCAGACCACAAGGCAAGAACUCUUCAUAAAUCUGAUGUUCCUGAGUUAAGGUUUGCCAGCUCACAAGGAUUUAACGCACAGAGCUGGAAAGAACCUCGGUUUCUUGAAAACCAUACUUCAUCAUUUGCUGGUAGAGAAAAUGAAAACGACUACAAAAGUUUGAAGAAAGAAUUGAAUAGAGUAAAAAGUUCAUCGGUAACAUCUACCAGCAAAACUAUAAAGAGACGUAAUAUCGUCCUUUCUAAACCGGAAGUGAUCAAGAAAAGCUUCAAGAAAACUUUCGGAGCCUCAAAUGGAUUCCAAAUAUUAAAGAAUAUGAAGCUGAACGAAGAUCUUUCUCAUGUCAGAAAUCAUCGCCACAAAAAAUCUUUAAUCAAUAGAAGAAAAUCAGACAAUGGAAGCAAGUGCCAGAGCUUUGAAGGAUUUGAUAUCGACUCAGGACAUUAUAGAAAGAAGAGUCUUGCUAGUUUCUGUAUCCAGAGAUCGUCGAAAUCUUUGAGAAAAACACCAUCUUUAACAUUUUCCAAGGGAAAGAAGAUCGAAAUAAAUACAGCAUAUGGUACAAGUUUCAUCUAUAACAAAAACUCUGAGGAUAACUCUACUGCAGAAGAUGAGGAGGAAGCUAGAGAAACUGCCAUCUCUAAAAAUACUGAUUCUCUCAUCAAGAUUAGAACUGACUCCACUGGCUUUCCAUGUAAUAGAAAGCUUAAGAAAUAUGAUGAGCUGGCCAGAAACCUAAAAAUGUCAUAGUUGUAAUGUAGCAUAUAGCUACUUUAUUUUCUUCAU